AUGAGCAAGCGAAAUGCGGCUGAUGCCAAAGUACGAGCGGGCUCCGACGAGCGCCACCUGAAGCGCCAAAGAGUCGAGGAUCCCGCCGCCAAACACAAUGCCAAACCCCAACCUGUCGAUGUCGCAUCGGGACGAGAGCUUCAGAAGCUGCUAGUAUUCUCGCAAGAAACCGCUGCCGAGCUUAGAAAUGGCGUAUACACUCUCAAAACCCUUCUCGAUGCGAUUCUAUACCCCACCGAUGAUUCUGAUCUGCCCCGCAAACGAGCCAUUCUCCGCGAAUACUUAGACUUGAACAAGCCGAAGGAAGUUACGGGCCAUGAUUCCACCUUUCUGCCCGCGCUCAUGCAAGGAUGGUCCUACGCCUCAGAAACCAAUUUCGAUCAAUUGCUCUCAGGCAUCACAGCCGUGCUCGCCCUUCUUUUGAGAGUUCUAAACAAGGACUUGGACCUGAAAAAAUAUGGAUUGAGCCUGUGCAAGACUGUGCUACACCCAUCUCAGGCAAGACUAUUCAAUCGAAGUCUUAGCGCCAUCUCCACUAAGGAGCAUAUCAUCGCACCUAGCCUACGUCUACUGACGGAAGUUAUAUCAUUCGAUGGCGGUGUACUAGCUAGACAGGUGUUUCUCAAAAGGGACUUUGUUCUUGAUGCAAAAGUUUUAGCAAGGAAUCUCAGUCUUGCGAAAGACGACCCGCAUAGCAGCCCAGAUGCUCGGCGGCCUGCUAUCCGAACAAAUGCCGCGCGGUAUUUGUUGCAAAACUUCAAGCACCAAGAUGAAGCUGCUAAAACCGACCUCUUGAAGCAAGGGAAUGUCGUGAGGGCGUUGUUCCAAUACCUGUGGACUGAUCCCCCAGCAUUAGCCGUGGAGAUUUUAGAUGUCAUCAAGAGUCAUAUUUUGCUGGACAAGUCAAUAUCACGGAAAAGUAAGGCGCACGUAUUAACUGAACGAAACCUCGCGAGCAUUGCGAGUCUCUACAAGUCGCAACCACCUGUGGAAUCUCUGCAAGAGGGGCAAAAGCUUCCGGACGUCGCAGCUCACGAAUUCUUACUGCUUGCCUGUACUACUCCUGAGAUGGGCAUUAUGCUUCCUUCAUUUGGUUGGUACCCUCCUGGCAGCGAGAAGGAUGACUACGAAGAGUUUAUCAGUGAGAAGGCUGGAGCGGUAAUUGACGUAGGACUAGAAUCGACAGAACGAUUUAGCAAGAAGGUGCCAAUACGGAAUACUAUACUUGCAGAUUUCGCUCAAGGACUUCGACCCUACGCAAACGUUCUAGAGCAAGAGCUUGUCACUGCAAUCUUCAAGUCAUCUCCAGAACUAGUAGCAGAUUAUUUUGUCAAGAAAGCGUCCUUUGCUUUUGACCCGAAGCUCACUUCGACCUGGAUUGGAUAUUCGGCUUUUAUGUACUCCACCAUCCAACUCCCUGUUCCGAGGUAUUUAGGUCGCAAGUCUGAAUACGGAAACUCGCCACCGCCGGUUUCAAUCGCAAUUGAAAGUCUAUUGCCUCGGCCACUCUCGCAAGCGGUGCUUUCGCGGUGCUUGAAUCAAAGCUCCUCUCUCGUCUCAUUCUUUGCCUUACGGAUUCUGAUUGUUGCAUUCCAAAAGCUUGGGAACACCCUAGGAGAGUUCAAACGUGCUUCAGUGGUAGCAGGCGUAUCAUGGGAUCAAGCGUCUCAGCAACUUCUUACCGUCUUCUGCCAACGAUGUCCCCAGAUGAGCGUCGUCAUAUCCCUAUUUCGGAAGACGUCAUCUAGCGACGUCUUGCAACGAGAAGCUGUCACGCGACUACUAAAAUUGUACUACGAGGUCCUACCUCAGGUCGCUUUAAGCGAAAAGUUCGAUGUUUCGGUGCCUCUAUGCAAGGCACUAGCUGGUGCAGACAGCGGAGAAGAGUCAGCAGAUGAACAGCACUUGCGCGUUUUGGAAUUAGAGCAUCUCGUUCAAAUUUCACGGCAUUCGCCGAGCAUGCGGUGGUGGCAGAAACCUGAAUCUCUCGAUUACUCGCCUUUCAUGUCUCUGCUCAAGCUUACCGCAGACCCUGCCAAUCAGGGCUCGUAUGAAGGGAUCAAGAGCUUGCUUACAGCAAUUAUUCGAGAUCAUGGAUUUCUUCAGCUGGAGACACAGCCGUCUUCUCUUGAUGCACUCAUCGCGAGUCUCCAGGCCUCCCCAGAUUUUACUUCGGGCGCACAGCUAGAGUUCCUCGAUGACUGCUGCAACCGCUUCGUCAAAAAGCCGAUCAAGUAUCAAGACGAUUUCGACACCCUAGCAGCUCUGGAGGCAUCUCCCACUUCACAUGGCCCCUUUAGUAUCAUUCUGUUGACAAUGAUAGAGCAAUGGGCAUACAAGUCUAAAGCUCAAUCCGCUGAAGACAAUGUGGCAGUCAUUGGGCAUUGGCUAUCCAAAUUUGUCUAUCUUCUGAAGAAGAUUGGCGAGGACGACACCUUAAUUCGUCUUGCUGUAGACGCUUUGGGCAAAGCUUCGGAUAAGGCCAGCCGGAUAGCCUUCAACAAUUCUCUCCAUGUUGAGCAUGACGAUUGGGCAGAUGAGUUUCUCUCAGUAGGGCCAAUGAAGAGCACCGACGAGGCCGGGGUGACGUCGCUGGAUACUGUCACAACCUCGGACCAAUCAGCACCGGUAGACCUAGAGCUACCCCCAGAAGAAGACCAAAAUCACCCUGGCCUCGACCGGUGGCGGCGCAAGGAUCUGGAGGAGAGCUUGGAAGACGGAAACGUUGGAGAAUUACUACUUUGCCUAUGCUCGCAGCACGUAGGGAUCCGGCUUCAGGCAGUCAUCAACAUAAAGCAGCUGAUUGCUAGAAUAGAGGCCGCCAAGAACCCGGAUCUCGACCAGCUGAAUUUACUCCUCCACGAGGUUGUUGAAACAAGUAGAGGAGCGGCACACGCGCCUCUCUCUUAUGUGGCCGGGGUCUUUGCCUUUCGCGUUCUCACCAUUUUGGCUGACCCGACGCACUACAUGUUCCCGAAAGUCAACAAGUUCCUCAACAAGGGGCCAUCCUGGGUCGUUGGGAAGAUUCCGUCUUACUUUGCGGAGAACACUCUUCGAAGUGAGCCAGAAGAAGACGAUGGCUACUACAGAGAAGUCAAUUGGCUCUUAGACUUCUUUAUAGACGCACUGCGCACAGCCGAAGACAUGGAAAUCUUCCGGGCGAAGAACAUCUUUGAACGUGUUCUAGGCUUCUAUUCGACCCCUGGUUGCGGGUUCAGGACGAAGGAGAAGAUGCUAAGGCUUUUGUUCCGCGCGGCAGCUGUUGGAGGCAGCACGACAUUGAUCACACGUUCAGGCGUGCUGAGCUGGAUACAGGGACAACUGGCGCUCAAAGACGGCCACCAAUCGAUGCUGCGACAGCUUGCAUUGCGCGUAUGGGAGACUUCGGACCAACAAAAGGUGAACGAAUGGAGCAGUGGGAGCGCUCAGGGCACGGUGGAGCAGCUCGCUCGUGGGCAGGAAGAGAAGAGCUCCUGAGGACUCGCGAGAGCUCAAACUCUUGGAGUCUCAUGUACAAACAUAGCAAGCGGCUUUUGCGACUGGAGCUGGACCUCCGGAUGAACAGCACAGGGACAGUUACAACAGUGUUUAGUAUUCCGAGCAAUGUGAUCGGUUUAGAUUCAAGAAAGCGC